AUGCUGGCUGAGCCGGGCCCUGCAAGAGGCAGCGCAGAGAGCAACGGGCCACAUGGAUUCCCAGGUGCUGACGUUGAGGGGGAUGCUGUCACGGAGAAGGCAGCUGUGCUCCCUGCCCGCCGCAAGGGCCCUGCUGCCCCUGGCCCCAGGAGGCAGCGGCAGGAAGGGCUCACAGCUCCUCCGAGCGAUGGGCAUACCUGGCGCAGCAGCGGCUGCUACCCUCUCAACCCAGAGCGCCUCAAGCAGGGCAGGCUGCACGUGGAGAGAGCCGUCAAGCAAAGGAAGAUCUUCAUGCUGCAUGGCCCGUACCCCGUGAUCCGGAGACUGCUGCGCAGCCGGGGCUGGGUGGAGAAGAAGGCCCCCAAGGCGGCACACAGAUGGGAACGAGCGCCCGAUGGCGAGGAGGAUGGGGAGGGGGAUGACAGCGACGGUGCCGAGGAGGACGAGGAAGGCGAGGAAGAGGAGGAGCAGGAUGAUGACCCUGAUGGCACCUAUGACCUCAUGUCGCGGCUGGUUCGCAACCAGAUGCCCUAUUUCAUCUGGACUAACCGGCAAGAUGCCAUCGACUGCCGCUUCCUGCGCAAGGAGCAGGUGAUGAACCACUACGCCAAGGCGGGCUCCUUCACCACCAAGGUGGGGCUGUGUCUGAACCUGCGGAACCUGCCUUGGUUCGACCAGGCCGAUGCCGACACCUUCUUCCCCCGCUGCUACCGGCUGGGUGCCGCGGAUGAGAAGCACGCCUUCAUCGAGGAUUUCUGGCUCACUGCCGCCCGGAGCAUCCUCAAAGUGGUGGUGAAAAGAUACUGGAGCGCAGCUGCUCGGGGGGCUGAGGCAGCGGCGGCUUCCAGCGCACAGGGGCCCAUGAAGGCCGGCGAGUCCGCAGAGUCCCCGAGAGAGACUGGUGGGAAGAAGGGCAGCCCCCUGCCACCGCAGCUCAUCGAGACGGCCCUGCAGGCCUGCGAGGAGCACCUGAGCAGCCUGACGCACCAGGAUAUCGACAGGGAGCCCGAGUCCCCUCUCUGCAUGACAGGGGCACGCUGGGGGGACUUCCUGCGCGCCUACUACCAGGUGAUUCACGAAGGGGCGCUCCUGGACCAGCUGGGCUCCCAUGUCGAACAGUGCGAGCACGUCCUGCAGCGCCUGGCCGAGGUGCUCCCACAGCUGGAGAUGGAGGGGGAUCGCAAUAUCUGGAUUGUGAAGCCAGGCGCCAAGUCGCGGGGCAGAGGAAUCAUCUGCAUGGACCGCCUGGAGGAGAUGCUGAAGCUGGUGGAUUGCGACCCCAUGAUCGUGAAGGACGGCAAGUGGGUGGUGCAGAAAUACAUCGAGAGACCCCUGCUCAUCCACAACACCAAGUUCGACCUGCGGCAGUGGUUCCUGGUGACGGACUGGAACCCGCUCACCAUCUGGUUCUACCGAGACAGCUACCUCCGCUUCUGCACGCAGCCCUUCUCCCUGCACAACCUGGACACCUCCAUCCACCUGUGCAAUAACUCCAUCCAGAGGCACUACGAGAACUCGCUGAGUCGCCACCCCCAGCUGCCCCCCGACAACAUGUGGUCAUCGCAGCAGUUCCAGGCCCACCUGCAGCAGGCGGGGGCGGCAGGCGCCUGGCAGGAGGUGAUCGUCCCGGGCAUGAAGGCGGCCAUCAUCCACACCAUGCAGACCUCCCAGGACGUGGUGGAGUUCCGCAAGAGCAGCUUUGAGCUAUACGGGGCAGACUUCAUGUUCGGGGAGAAUUGCCAGCCCUGGCUGAUCGAGAUCAACGCCAGCCCCACCAUGGCGGCCUCCACGGCCGUGACCAGCCGGCUGUGCGCCAGCGUUCAGGAGGACACGCUCCGUGUGGUCAUUGACCGCAAGCAUGACCGCAGCUGCCACACAGGGGCCUUUGAGCUCAUCUACAAGCAGGCGGCUGUCGACGUGCCCCAAUACGUAGGAAUAAGCCUUUUGGUGGAAGGAUCCACUGUCAAAAAGCCACGGCCUCCAAACCACAGACUCUCCCCCAGUGCCAGGCCCAGGCCGGGCCCCAGCGUGCCCAGCUGCCCGCAGCACUUCCAAGCACUCCCACAGAGCUCCCCUCGUGGGCCCAGGGCUCCACAGCUCGCCAGGGCCGCCAGGCCCCCGGUGCCAGUCAGCGGCAAGGAGAACAGAGCCAGGGAGCUGGGGGCCGCCAACAGGGCCUCUGCUGCAGCUGGCACCCGGCUGAAGCUGCCCAGCAAGGUGCGAGCAGAGCCAGGCAAGAGGCUGCUGGAGCUGCACAGCACGGCCACCUCCCCGCUGGGGGACAAGCUGGUGCCGCUGGGCCAGCCCAGGCUCUGUCCCAAGUGCAGCUCCCAGGUGCCAGUCCCCAGCCCCAGGGCACCCCCACGCCUCCAGCCCAGCAAGGCCAACGGCCCCAAGGGACAGCUGCAGAGGCCAGCCCGGCAGCCAGGUAGGGAGCUGCAGCUGCACGUGCGGGACUUAUGCACCUUCCAGCUGGGCUGUGGGCACGCUGCCGCCCCCACUCACCCCCUUGCUUGCUCUCCAGGGAAGCCCAAUGUGCCAGAGCGCCAGUGGGAACAUGCCCAGGCUGCGCUGCGGGAGAGGCCCCCAGCCCCUCCUGCCAGGCCUGGCCAGCAGUGUGCCAGGGGCUGGCCACGCAGGGCCCCCCACCCAGCCUCCGCCCCUGAGCUCGGGGCCUUGCACAUGGCCGUGGGCAGAAGGAAGCAGAAGAGAGACAGGCUGUGCAGGUGA